GUUUAGGCUUUUCGAUGCGCAUCUAGUAUGCUCCGUUUAGAUUGUCACUAGACUCUAGUUCCCCGUUCAUCUCUAUAACAUCGCCAACAAGGCUAUUCUUCUCUUUUCGAUAUGAUUACUGCUGAAACUUAUAGAAGCUAUGUGGUCCGAUGGGGAGGACGAUCUGUUUGAUGAUUUUACUGACCCUGCGGCUGCGGCUGGCGAUGCCCCUGUCAAUGGCAAUGUUCUCAACUCGCAAAAGAGCCUGUCACAACGUAGCUUUGGUGGGAGAGAUGUACGAGUUAAUGAAUUUCAAGAUACACAAAGGCGUGACAGGAUUGUGGUAAAUUAUAACAACGACAAUGGUGAAGCGGUGGAGCCAUCAAAUGGGUUUGAGAGAAUGUUGGUUCGUGAUGGUAUAGAGGUCAGAAUAGACGAAAACUAUAAGAAAUACAUUUACAUAGGUGAUACAACUAGCGAUCUUCUUGUGGCAAAGUUGGAUAAAAACAUGAACGUUGCAAGAUACAGAGAUGAUCUGCUGAAUGCUUUUGAAGAAGCUUUAACAGUGAAUAACAAUCUUAUCACAUACCUGGAGCCUUCACACUCAUCGUGCGGAAUUCAAGAAUCGCUAUUCCGUGUUCUCAUACUCUGCCGAUCAUCGCAGGCCAAAGCAUUUGAUCUUCUCAUGAGUCAACUUGAAAUAUUGCAAAAGAAGGGACAAAACGACCUGAAUUUGUCACACCUGUGUAUAGCACAUAUCCGCUUCAUCAAUCGCAUCUACGACAGUCAAGCGCUGUUCUGUUCAGUUUUCGAACGAGAGAUGGAAAAGUGGACGCCGGAAAUAAGAAACUCAUUGAUUUCGUCAAUACCAGAGAUUCUUACCGAUGUUGCCGUUCAACUAGAAGCGGUACAAGAGCUUGAAUCAAUACUUCUACGUGAAGUCAAAACCGACCCGGUUGGAUGCAAACUAGCCGUUAUCUCUGCUUUGUCCUUGCUGAACGGAGAAUGGGAAGCAGUGAAGAAGUUUCAAGUGAAAGUGAUGCAGACAAUGAUGAACUUCGACGUUGAGCUGCUUCCGCCUUUGAUUGACCUGUUGCUCAAACGUUUGAACAGCACAAAAAAGAACGCGUUUGCUGAACUAUUAUCUCAACUUUCAUCAAGUCUACAGGUUGAUAAACUUCGACCAACUCGUAGAGGAAAAAUACGACAUUCCUUGGAUGAUGUGGUGGGUGAAGUGUUUGAAAAGCUCACUCAGUUUGUUGUACUUGGUGGCGAAACCCGUUGGAAGGAGAUUCACCGCUUUCUUAGAGCCGUGGGAGCCAUAGAAAAAGGUGCUGUAGAUGGCGCCUCCCAAGAAAGUUUCAUCACUCCGCCAUCGGAUUCGGCUCACAGUUUGGGGUUGUUCGAAGUGAUGCUCUCAAUCGCGCUACUGUCACUGCGAACAUGUCCGCUUAAUGUGUCAAACGCCAUCAAACAGCGUUUCGCCCAGACACAAGAAAACGUGGAUAUUCUAUACCAGCUUUUUAGCGAAGCCCUCAAAUUCAAAAUUUACUGCGAGCGCAAUAUGAAUUCCAUCAUCUCUGUUGCACAGCAGUGUCUCUGGUCUCCAAAACCAGAUGCACGUAAAUUCGGUGCAAAAUUGUUCAAAGAACUUUUUGUAGCUAUACCGAAACGAAGAGAGAUGACCAUGAGGGCAAUGUUGACACAUGCAGUACAAUCGGACAUGGAAUCAGAAGCUGUGCUCAUUGAGCUUACCACCCUUAUUGAUGAAAGUCCCGAAGCAGUGGAACCGUUCAUUGGGCUCAUAUCGGAAUAUUUCUUCGUUCUCGAACGCAUGUCAGUUGACAAUGUCAAAAGACUUUUUCGCGCAGUUUUUCGCCUAUAUGCUGCUAGACCAUCGACUAUGUCGCAUAAGGAUAAUCUAAUCACAAUGAUUCCACUGUUACUUCGCUCAGCUGACAAUGUUCAACCAAUUUUUGGUAUACUGGCUGUACUGUUGAGGAUGGAAACUGCUCUAAAACUGGAGGACUCCUCAACAAGAGAGGAAGAUGUGCGAAGUACAUUAGAACUCUUAGACGAAGCGCGUAAUUCGAAUCAGUUUGUGCGUACUUUUUGCUAUGCCGAACUAGCUGAGGUGUUGCGAACUUGUUUUGGAUGUUCGAAAUGCAUAGCUAUGCAUGAAUGGUUGACGGUGUUCAUAGAGGAAUUUCGCUCAGACUUUUUUACUGAUCGCUAUGAGUCAUUGGGUGAAUUGGAAGGCGAAAGAUAUCUCAACCAAGAUUCAAACUUGUGGCUGAAGUGUUCGGAUGGACAGAAUCUUGGCGAAGCCAUACCACUUCUAGAGGCUGUAAUGGAAGCUAUUAAGCUGCAAGAGACAUGGCCCGAAGCGGAUACUAUAGAAGCCACCCAACGAGAUAGAUGGUCCAGGAUUUUCUACGCUCUUAGUGCAAACAUAUGCGUACAAGGAGUCGAUGAAGUAACAAAAGAAGCAUGCGACGCCCAGUUUCGUAUCAUACAGUGGAUACGCACACUUUUCAACGUAUUUUCUGAAGAGCAUGCUUGUCCUGGAGUUGACUCAGCUGUGUUGGAUGAGUUGUGGAAGAAGAAAUUUUUGCUGAUGUUUGAAUGUCAAAAGGAACUCGUUGUCAAAGCAAAAUCCCUUGGUCAAUGGUCUUUGCCGGAUCAGACACCGUUAUCACCGAUCAUCAUAGUAGCGUCGGAAACAAAAAAGAAGCCUUCAAAGAAAGCUCCGAAGAGAAAACGAGGAGCCCCAACUGAGGAACCGGAAGUGGAGGAGGAACUUCUAGCUACACAGGCUCUGAAUUUAGAUACAAAGAAAAGAGUUAGUGGUAAGAAUGUGCCAUUAACGAAGUUGGCGUCAUGUAUGAAAAUGAUGAAGUUGUCUGCAGUCGCGAAACUUAUACGGCUGACGCAAGGGAAAAGGCGCGCAUCUAUUCUUUUGACAGAACAUCUACUGGAGAUCUUGAAGCAAGUGUGCCCACGAGUAGGAAAGAAGACUGUGCCGUGGGCGAAAGGAGAUGUGGCAUCUGUAAAUAUACAUGGUGAUCCUGCACAAAUUUCGACCGAAGUUGAUAAUUUAUUACCCUUCUUGUGGAAUACUUUCGCAAAAACAGUUUCGUACUUCCGAGAUCAGUUCAUCUCAUCUGCAAUGGUGACAGAAAAUGAUGUAACAGACCAGCUAGCUGAUCUUCUGCGACUUUGUCUGAAUACACUUGAGCAUCUGUUCUCAUGGAAUUUUCUCACUCCCUUACCAAGCGAUAGCGAUGCAAUCACUUCGCGGAAAAAAUGUCGAAGAGAGAAACUCAUGGAGGUUCUGGAGCGCGCGAUUCUCGAUGAAGAUAGCAAGAAAACAGCUGGCAGCGAAGCGGAAAAGAGCGUGUACGAAUACCUUAUUGAUGCCUGUGAAGUGGUGCCGAAUGUCAGUGUGGCAAUUGCUCUAUUGGAUUGUGCGUCGACUAUCCGCUGUCCACAAGAAGAACUUAGCAAUAAAAUGGCAAAGAACACAUUGGCUUUUCUGAAGAGAGAAUGGCUAGACAAAGAAGGGAAACCGAUCAAAGGUGCAACACUGACAACAGCUGUUAAGAAACUACUUAGUCACUAUUUGAAUCUUCGUCCGGUGUGCUAUCGACUCUGUGCAAUACAGUGGAUUCUUGCGAAGAAAUUAGCUGAGUUGGUUCCACAUGAUCAGCGAAGAAAAAGCAAGGUUUACGAGCAAGAGUCCGAUGAUCCUGAUUUGAAUGAGCGCGACACCAAGCAAAUCUUUGCAUGCUUCACCAGAGCAACGUUUGGAACGAUUUACAAAGUACUCUUUGUCGGAAUGAAUGAUGCCAUCGCUAACGAGGUGACACAGCCGUCUGCCAUAACAUCCAGGAGGCAGGCUAUGCAAGAAUAUUUACGAACGUGGAAUAUUGCUGCCGGUUGUGUCUCACUGUUUGGACUAAUGCUGCGAGUUCGAGAAUUGCGCAGCACAUCACUACUUGUGACUGCGAUAAAGGAGGGUCGAAGAUUCCUUGCUAUGAUGUGUAAUAAAAAUAGUUCAUUCAUGUAUUUACUGGAGGAAAAAACACGGCUCGCGAAUAUUGCGGAUCAGGUUGUGGAGAUAAUCAAAUCAGUGCAAAUUGGAAAUAGAAACUUCCAGAACAUUUGUGUUCAUGCUAAGGCGAAUCGGUCCAACGUUCUUCUGAAACUCGUGCCGGAUUUUCGAGUGACUAACGAGCAAUGGAUGCGAUCAAUUCAAGCAAAACUUGUUGGAAUCAACUGUCAGGAUGCAUUUGAAAUAGGAUUGCUGAAAUCGCGUGAUAUAAAUGGAGAAGAGAUUGUUUUUUCGGGAGAUGAUCGUAGCAGUUCAUCAUGUUCAGAAACAGAAGCAGAACAGAAUGAAGAGGUUCACUCUGGCUCAGAGGACGGGAACACUAGUGAAGUCUACUAAACCCCAAUCAACCAAUUUUUUUCAUUCUUCAUGUACAGUAUCAACUUUCCUUCAGAAUUUUUAAGCCUUCAUAAUUGUGGUUGUGUUACCAAAUUCUGUAUCAGUGUUUUUAUCUUGUUUUGGAACCUUUGAUCUCAUUCGGUGGUCUUCAUAUGCCUUUAUUUGUUCCCAAAAUGUCCAUGUGAAUGCCGUUAUUAUUACGUGUUGUAAUUCGCUUAUUUUCAGCUUCAAACGUACAUAGUUUAUCUAUUUACAAAAAGAAAGCCAACUCCUGAAAUUCCCCUUUAGAUACUUUACACUCAGAAAUGUGCAAGUUAUUAAUCAUUGUGUAUGAACCUUGUUUAUUGUCCCAGAAUGUAUAGGCUUUGAGUUUCAAGAAUUUUGAAUGGUGAGCGCUACUACUAAAGGUAAAAU